UACUCCGCAACCCAGAAAGAAAGCAAUGGCCGCCGUCUCCCGCCUCAAUCCCGUUGCCUCGCCUUUCUUUCCGAUGACACUCCCUCCGGCGGGCUGCUACCUCUCUCCUAUCCCCGAUGCUUGUAUGCCCAGUGCCGAUUUCUUCGCCUCGCAGUUCUUGUACCCACAGCCUCCACCUCCGCUAGCGCCAGCGUACGGGUGGCCUGCUGCUUGCGGCAGCAGCUGGUUCCCCAGUGGAGUGUUCACGGUUGGGGUUCCGGCGUUCCCGCUGCAGGCAGCAUACGGGCACCCCCUGCAUCCGCCGCCAGUGACGGUGUACUGCUGCACGCCGCCACCGCAGCCAGCGGCUCCUCGGUGCCGCAUCACCGAAAUCUUUGAGGAUGGAGGCGAGGCGGCUGCGAAGGUAGAGUUGCGUGACGAGCCAUCCCCGCGCUCCGUCCUUGCAACUUGGAGCAGGGAGCCCAACUCACCGCGAGAGCGGCGUAUGCCUCCCCCGCCGCCUACAUCUUUCGUCCGCAAACUGCUCCCUCGCCCUCGCCGGUGGCCGCUCCUCGCCUUCAAUCCCAGCGACAACUUCACGAGUCUGAUGAUUCGUAAUAUCCCCAACAAAUUCAUGAAGAAGGGAUUCAUGGCUAUCCUCGACCAGCACUGCGCCGAGGAGAAUGCCAAGCUCGGCGGCGACAGCGAAGCCGUCAAGUCGGAGUACGACUUCCUUUACGUCCCGAUCGACUUCGAGACGAGGUACAACAAGGGCUACGCCUUCGUCAACAUGACGACGGCGGUGGCGGCGCGGCGCCUCCACGCGUACCUCGAUGGCCGCCGCUGGGAGGUGGCGUGCUCGAAAAAGGUGUGUGACGUGGUGCACGCGCGCGUCGAGGGGCUGGACUCGCUCGUGGCGCACUUCUCCGGGUCGCGCUUCCCUUGCGGCGGCCAGAAGGAGUUCCUGCCGGUGCGCUUCGUGCCGCCCCGGGACGGCGUCCGCAAGACGGCGGAGCACGUGGUCGGCCGCCUCCUCCCCCGCCGCCACGGCUGAGCGGACGGCUCGUCGGCGACCGCACGUGCAACUGACGGACGGGGUAUAUCUAUCUAUCUUGUGUUCUAUCCUCGUCCAUGCCAUGGAUGGAUAGAACGGGAGAUAGGUUAGUUCGCCUCAUCAUUCGAUGCCGUUUUACCACUAAGAGUACUCAUGUUCAGAGUGUCCUAGAAGUGUUCAGAGAGCUUAGUCAGCAAGUGUCCUGGUAGUACCUGAGUGUUUAGUGUUGUAGAACCCCCUGUUGUAUGCCAUGCAGAUGCAAGUGCAGCACCUGAUGAACUCUUCCUUUCCUGGAAAAUUUCCUAAAUCUGCUGGAAGUUGAACCUUUCUAACAUGUAUGCAAAUUUCCGGUGAAAUUCCAGCGACUCAGAGAAGUCCUAAUGAUAUGUCUCAAGUCCCACGAAA